AUGGAUGUGGUAGGCGAAAACGAGGCCCUACAGCAGUUCUUCGAAGCUCAAGGGGCCAGUGGCACUCUGGGGAACCCGACGCUGGAUACAAGUCUGCUGGAGGAGUUCUUGGGCAAUGAUUUUGAUUUGGCGGCCUUGCAACGCCAGCUCCCAGAUACCCCACCCUAUUCUGCGUCAGACUCCUGCUGUCCUCCACAGGUCAAAGGUGCGUGCUGCCCAACUCUGACACCUGCCGCCGGGGGUAUGCCAGCUGCUUUCCUCCUCUCGGCAGCUGCUCCUGGGAUGCUUCCUGCACACCUGCCGCAGGGCUCGUCUGAAAUGAGCGACUCUGCACAUUCCCACAGUGCCUUUCACAACUGCCAUCCAGACGCCCGUCGUCUCAGGACCCCUCUGGACCAGUCUGUGUCCUCCCAUCUGGGAACUGGUUGUUCUUACCAUCCUCAGCCUCUGUGCCACAGUCCUGGACCCUCAUUGCCACCGACCAAGAAGAGAAAGUGCACACAGGCGCUGGAAGACUCCGGGGACUGUCACGUGUGGGCCCACCACUCCAGACCAAUGACAAGUAGGAGUCACAGCAGCGAAGUGCAAGACCACGACAGUGAGAGACAGAACAUGAUGCCUGUGGACCAGUGCUCUCCUGCUUUGAAGUGGCAGCCAUACCGAAGCAUUCCUUGGCAUAGUUUAUUAAACAGUCAAUAUGAAAAACUACCUGAUAUAGGCUAUCGAGUUGUUACAGACAAAGGAUUUAAUUUUUCACCAGCAGAUGAAGCUUUUGUUUGCCAAAAGAAGAACCACUUUCAGAUCACCAUCCACAUCCAAGUUUGGGGAAGCCCAAAAUUUGUCAAAACCCAAAUGGGUCCAAAGCCAGUAGAAAUGUUCUACUUAAAAGCUUUUGGGAUUAAGGUAGAGGCCACCAAUCAAAUAAUUGCUAUUGAACAGUCCCAAGCAGAUAGAAGCAAAAAGAUUUUCAAUCCUGUUAAAAUUGACCUGUUGGCCGACCUGGUAACCAAAGUAACGCUGGGCCGGUUACACUUCAGCGAAACCACGGCAAAUAACAUGAGAAAGAAGGGAAAGCCAAACCCUGACCAGAGAUACUUCAUGUUGGUGGUCGGACUGUAUGCUGCUAACCAAGACCAGUUCUACCUGUUGUCUGCUCACGUCUCUGAACGGAUCAUUGUGAGGGCCUCCAACCCUGGGCAAUUUGAAAAUGACAUUGAUGCAUUAUGGCAGCGAGGACAAGUUCCAGAAUCUGUUGUUUGUCAUGGUCGAGUGGGCAUAAACACAGAUGCACCGGACGAAGCCCUGGUUGUCUGUGGCAACAUGAAAGUGAUGGGGACAAUUAUGCAUCCCUCUGACAGCCGGGCGAAGCAGAAUAUCCAGGAGGUUGACACAAAUGAACAGCUGAGAAGAAUAGCCCAAAUGAGGAUUGUCGAAUACGACUACAAGCCUGAAUUCGCAUCUGCGAUGGGAAUAAACACUGCCCAUCAAACAGGGAUGAUCGCCCAGGAGGUGCGAGAGAUCCUGCCCAGAGCCGUGAGGGAGGUUGGCCAUGUCACCUGUGAAAACGGAGAGACGCUGGAGAACUUCCUCAUGGUGGAUAAGGACCAGAUCUUUAUGGAAAAUGUGGGUGCAGUGAAGCAGCUUUGCAAACUAACCAACAACCUUGAAGAAAGAAUAGAAGAGUUAGAAAUAUGGAACAGAAGGCUGGCCAGGCUAAAGCGGCUCAGUAGUUGGAAGUCCUCCGCCAGUGAAAUGAGCUCAAUCAGCAAAUUUAGCAGAGCUCUUAGUGCAUCUUCUCCAAAAAGGACCAUUCCCAAAAAAACCAGCAAGGUUUCUUUUUCAGGAAAAAAACAGUCGUGUCCUAACUGGGUUUUCCAGACCUUGGUUAUAACACUCAUUGCUGUGAUGGCAUUUUGCUUAAAAGAUCAAGACCGAUGUGCCCCAAGUCUCCCUUCGAGAAACCUCACCAGCUCCCAGGAUCCGGCUCUGCCACCCACAGCUUCCCCCUUGGCACCUAAUACAUCUCUGGCAACCACACAACUCCCCUUCCAAGUACCAGAGAUCACUUUCUGUGAGAUCCUGCCAUGUCAGGAGACUCACUGCUGUCCCAACUGGGGAACAAGAAGAGGCCUCUCAAGCCCUGUGCAAAGACAGCCCAAGGAGGAGCCCCAUCAGAGGCCACGGGCAGACAGGAGCACAUCAUUCUUGGCAGGACAGGCGCUAACCAACCUUGACUGGGGGAGCGACUGGAUUGAUACAACCAUCAGUUCUAUUCAGAUUAUGGAAAUCCAGCAAAUAAUAGAUCGUCGGUAUUGCAGUAGAAGCCUCCAGUGCGGGUCUGGAAAUUACAAUUACCAUAUUCCUGUUAAUAAGUACACACCCACCAAUGUCAAAUUCUCUCUGGAAAUCAACACAACAGAGCCACUGAUAGUCUUCCAGUGCAAGUUCACCCUUGGAAAUAUGUGUUUCCAUAGUAAAAGGGAAGCCAAAGGCAUGCAAAGCCACCAAGAAGUCUCCCAGGAGAUGACACAGGGAUAUCAGCACAUUUGGAGCCUCCCUGCAGCCCCAUUCUUUGACAGCGCAUACCAUUUCCGGGUAGCUGCGCCGGAUUUAGCUGACUGUUCAACGGAUCCUUAUUUUGCUGGGAUAUUCUUUACAGACUACUUCUUUUACUUCUAUCGACACUGUGUCUAA